UCACCUGCAGGAUGUCUGGGAUCACUGGGAAUUUGGAUUGCGAGGAGUGUUUAUCUUCGGCGCAUGUGGCCAACAGCACGGAGACACAUCCGCGCGCCACUGUGGAUGAUGACGAUGAACUUCUGAGGUACAUCUGGAGAGAGUACUUACACCCCAAGCAGUAUGAAUGGGUUCUCAUUGUGGCUUACAUUAUCGUCUUCUUCGUCUCGCUGAUUGGGAACUCGCUGGUUUGUUUUGCAGUUUGGAAAAACCGUCACAUGCGCACCGUGACCAACUACUUCAUAGUGAAUCUGUCCUUCGCCGACGUUUUGGUCACCAUCAUCUGCCUGCCUGCCAGUCUCGUGGUAGACAUCACAGAGACAUGGUUCUUCGGAAAGACGCUUUGCAAAAUUGUGCCUUAUCUGCAGACCAUCUCUGUUUCUGUAUCCGUCCUUACACUGAGCUGUAUCGCCCAAGACCGUUGGUAUGCUAUCUGCCACCCACUGAUGUUCAAGAGCACAGCCAAAAGGGCUCGCAAGAGCAUUGUUGUCAUCUGGGUUGUGUCGUGCAUCAUCAUGAUCCCUCAGGCUAUUGUGAUGGAGUGCAGCAGCCUGCUGCCUGAACUCACUAACAAGACGAGCCUGUUCACUGUGUGUGAUGAACACUGGGGAGCUGAGGUUUACCCAAAGGUCUACCACACCUGUUUCUUCAUCGUCACAUACUUUGCUCCACUAUGUCUCAUGGUCCUGGCAUAUAUCCAGAUCUGUCACAAGCUGUGGUGUCAACAGAUUCCUGGAAGCACAUCAGUGCUGCAGAGGAAGUGGAGGUCCAUCCAGUGCUCAGCUCCGGGGCAAGGAGAGCCCUUGAGGGUGAGGACCAGCACGGUCUGUGCUGAGAUCAAACAGAUACGAGCCAGACGCAAGACCGCCCGCAUGCUGAUGGUUGUGCUCUUUGUUUUCGCCCUGUGCUACCUGCCAAUCAGCGUGCUCAAUGUCAUGAAGAGAGUCUUUGGGACCUUCAAGAAGACCAAUGACAGAGAGACAGUGUACGCAUGGUUCACUUUCUCUCAUUGGCUCAUUUAUGCCAACAGUGCAGCAAAUCCCAUCAUCUACAAUUUCCUCAGCGGAAAGUUCCGAGGAGAGUUUAAAGCAGCCUUUUCUUGCCAUUGUAACGGGCAGGGUCAGGAUCGAACGCAGAGGCCGAGGCCCAGAGCGAGCACAGACAGCCGGAAGUCUCUGUCGACUCAAGUCAACAAUAUGGACAAUGUGUCGCGCAUAUCGGAUCAAAUAGUGUAAUCUCUAAAAUCCAGACACACUCAUAAUUUAGGUAGCCUUUAAAUUGUAUCUGCCUGGUCACAAAAACAGACAUUUGAAUGGAAAAGAAUGUCUCAAAAUUAUUGUUUGGUUUUACAAGGACAAUGAAGAAGAAGCAGAUUAAGAGCUGCUGUUUUGUGAAGACCUUCUUACUUCUUUCACAUGAUCCUGAACACAGUAGGACAUGGCAACCACUUGCAAAUCACAGAAGUGACUAUUAAUUUAUUUUCAAAGGUCACAUUUGAAUGUUUAUUAAAUGGUACUGUAUGUAUUUAAUGAAAAACAGGGUAAAGUCACAGGACUUUGAUCACAUUAGAUACUUUUACUGUAUUGUAAAUAUAUAUUUUCACUGUAUCACUUUCAUUUGUCAGAGUCUGUAUAACAGAGUAUUUGUUGAUAUUUUAUUUAUUUGUUUACUGUUUACUGCAGAGCGGUGAUGUCACUGAGGUGUGGACACAUUUUCAACACAUUUUAAGACUCAAGACUUAACCACCAUUGACUUGUAACUUAGACUUGAAAAAAACUUAUGUUCCACCAAAUUUUUGUAAUUUUAAUGUAUAAUUACUCUGAACUUAAAUUUGCAUUACAUUUUGUGAAGAGCACAUAGUGACUUAUUUAGGACUCAAAACCCAAAGUAUAGAUAUAUAAGAUAAUAUAGGACUUGACUUGCAAAAUCAUGACUCCCACACUUUUGAACAUGAUAUCUGCACUUAUGUGACCUCAUACGGGCAUCGCACUGGUGAUAAUGAGGCCGUAACAAGCAAUGUUCUUUCACCAAAAUUCAUCCUUUUAGUCCAAGGACUGAAUGGGAAACCUUCUGGUCACAAGAAUCCUCCUUUCUCUAAUAAUUAUUAAUUUAGGAAGGCCAGUAAAACUCAAAAACACAAUUUCCAGCUCUUUGAGGCACACUGUAGAGUUGAUGCAGAGCGGAUAAAAGCACAAAGUUCUUGUGAAGGUAGACAUACAUUAUUCUCAUAAGAGCAAACUCAACAUGAAGUUUUAAACAUAAAUCUGAAACAAAGGUACCAAUGCACAAUUUAUUUUGUUUGUUAUUCUUCAAACAUCAAACCUCAGUCUGAUUCAUUAGUAAUGUUGAUGGUGUGGAGCACUGGGCCUUUGUGGUGGCAGAAAUACAACCUCAAAAAAAAAAGAUGACGAGAGAAAGAAUAUCAAAGCAGCUUCUGCACGCUGUUUGAUGCAAAUGUAACAAAACACACUCUCUGCCAGGAGACCUUCCCACUGGGUCAAAUCAUUGACACACUGACGUAGAUGGAUGGAAUUCUAAUGCACAUGAGAAAUGUUGUUUAACAUAAUCUCAAUUUGUGGUCAAAGAAUGUAUAUAAACAAAGUUAGGCCACAUAAAAUACUUAAGCUGGUGUGAAAUCCCCUUUAGAGUGCUAUUCGUCAAUCUAGACUAUUUUGUUGUGAGUUGCAGAGUGUUGGAGAUAGGGACUUAAGAGACAUCUGCCUUCUCUCAAAUAUGAUGGAACUAGAUUGCACUCAGCUUGUGGAGCUCAAAACACCAAAAAAACAUUUUGAAAACUCAACAGCAACGUCUCUAUCCAGAAUUCAAGACCCGGUUCCUAAAGAUAGUUCAAA